CCUGACUAGGAGAGAGCUGUCUUUGGAGGGCUCUUAGCAACAGCCCUGAUUUGACCCGCCUCAGCCGUGAGAAAAUCAAAUCAGAGCGCCUUGCUUCCAGACUCCACACACCAUCAGCGGGCGAUUGUCGAGGCAUCCUUUCUCCUGCCUGUUAAUUACCUGCCCUGGGAAUCUCACGCAAAGUGCUGCUGAGAGGGGGAGCAAGCAACCAUCGCCCACCCUCAACCCAGCCCCCGACUGCCUGGGGGUUCAGGCUCGCGAGUGAGUCCGUGUACAUCAUCCAGUCUGCCUGACAGGCAGGACUGAAAGGGGGGUUUCAGCCCCCCUGGGUCGGCCGGGGCUUUAUUCUAGAGUCCAUGGCGCGUGGCUGCGCUUUUCUUUCCCAUUUGUAGGUGAAACCCCAUUGGCUUCAUUGGCUCCUUGAUUUAAACCACGCCCGGCUUUCCGUCCGCUUUGCUGCUGCUGGGUUCGGCCUCCCUGCCACAUCCCAGCCGGGUUCUCAGGAAACCCGGGGGCUGCUGUGGCUGCUAUUGUGUGGAUGCCGCGCGUGUCCUCUCUUCUCUUCCAGAGAUGGCUAACAGGGGCCCGAGCUAUGGCUUAAGCCGAGAGGUGCAGGAGAAGAUCGAGCAGAAGUAUGAUGCGGACCUGGAGAACAAGCUGGUGGAUUGGAUCAUCCUGCAGUGUGCUGAGGAUAUAGAGCACCCGCCCCCCGGCAGGGCCCAUUUUCAGAAAUGGUUGAUGGACGGGACGGUCCUGUGCAAGCUGAUAAACAGUUUAUAUCCACCAGGACAAGAACCCAUCCCCAAGAUCUCAGAGUCAAAGAUGGCUUUUAAGCAGAUGGAGCAAAUCUCCCAGUUCCUGAAAGCGGCCGAGGUCUAUGGUGUCAGGACCACAGACAUUUUUCAAACAGUGGAUCUAUGGGAAGGUACAUUGUUUGGAAGAGACCUGGGGCCAGCAAGGACGCAAGGGUCUUCACAAAGAUAUCCAGGUGACAACUUGAUCAUGGAGAUAAUACAACGUUACCAAAGCCUUCACUGGGGAAGGGCCAGAGUGACCUUCAUUGUUGGUGACAGGAAAGGCAAGGGCCACUGCAAAGAAUGGAAGGGGACGGUAAGAGCCCCUCUGUGAAGAGAAAAGGUAAAUGGUCUGACAGGUUCCUUUUAGAUCUGGAGCAGAUGCUGGCGAAGGGCAGGGGUGGGGCUGUUUCAGCUCUGACUUAGGAGAGGAUAGUACAGGCAAGCCUGCAGCAUCUUUGCUAUGAGUACAAGAGGGGAGACUGGAGAAAGGAAGCAACAAUAAACCGAGUCUGUAUGUGUACAAGAGAGAGAAAACACACAAGGAAAGGUGAGAAGCUGGUCUGAGGUCCAGUCAGAAAAUCUGCAGUGGGACUGUCCUAUGAGGUGGGGUGGAGUCAGGCUCCCAAAGCAGAAACUAGAGAACCUGGACCGAGCCUGUGCACCAUCACUUCUCAGCUAAAGUGUCUUAGCCUUGAAUUUCUCCUGCAUCAAAUGGGCCUAACAGAACCUAUUUUAUGUUAUUGGUCUGGGGAACAAAGGAAGUGAUGUGUUAGAAACUCUCAGAUGGUACCUGACAAGGAAUAGCAUAAGUAUCGUCAGUGGCCUGCUCUUUCUGGGUUAAUAGGAAGGGUGGGGACUGGAUGGUCAUAGACUCCUCUAUAAAUGGAUUUGAUUAAUUAUCCCACGUAAAUGCUGAUAGGAUUGCCUGGAUGACCGUCACCCUGACAAUCAUUCAUGCGGGUUACCUUAUUGACUUUUUCCCUUAGAAGACAUUGCAUUUGUCAUCUGUCCCCAUGAUACAUUGCAUUGCCAAUGUCAGACCUGGGAACCCUCGGUAGAAUGAAAAUAGCGUGAGUUUUAGAGUAGAUACAUUGAAAACCAUCUUCCAAUGCAUCCUAGCUGUGUGACUCUGUUUACAGUGCUCAGCUGCCUAGAGUCUUGGUUCUCUUCUGUGUAGUGGCCUAGCACCCCCAACCCCUAAAGGAAUUGUAUGGAACAAACAUGUUAACUCUCCGGCACAAUAUAUGAUUCCUAGUUGCCUAAUAAAUGUCGACUUUUCUUCUGCUUCAGUAAGCUCAUCAGCAAUGACCUUUGGGGCCUAUUUGUAUAAGCACUUAGUGUCAGAUGUUAAGAACUCCAAAAUGUCAGCGCAGACAAUACUCAAAGAGCAAUCAGCCUGAUUAUUCUUCUCAACAAUUGAACUGAUGGAGGAUAAUGGGUGCACGGUUUUAUGUUGUCUGUUCUUUUCUCCUGAUGAUGGGAGUUAGGGAGGUGUUGUUUACACGGAAGGGUAGAGCCUGGAAGGUUCACGUGUGCUCUCUCAGGAGCUGUCACGAUGUGUGCUGUUCCUCAACAGCAGAAGCUGAAGACUCAUUUCUCCUAGCCGGAGAUGGGUUUGGGGAUACGGCACGGUACCCACAGUGACCUGAGCUAUGACAAAUGCCCACUCCUCCACCCUCCUUUCCCAUGGCAGCACCCUCAGCUGCAUUCACUCGGAAGGGCUGCUGGCCAUUGUAUUUUGUGACCUUUUCCUUUAGCUUCAAUCUCCAGCAUGCAUCACAGGCAUGUGAUCUGACUGACAGAUGCUCCUUGACAUGUUAAGUCUGCAACAAGUAUGUGCAUUUCUUACCAAUUUGUAGGUGGCGCUGCUUCUGCUCUCCUGGGAGCCCCUCUUUGAGAGUCCCUACCUUACAGUUUCUCUUCCCACUGGCCAGCAUGGAAACAACAAAAAUCCAUAAAAUUCAGAGAGACUGCUCAGCUUAUCUUCUGCCAUUUCUCCCUGGGCUGCAGCAGCGUUUCACAGGGAGGUGGGAAGUGAUUUUUCUAUCACAGCUCGCUAUCUCUGUGAUGUGUAUAUUAAAAAUCAGCUUCUAAGAGUUAACAGAGUUGGUCAAGACUAAUAAAAAAUAGCAGUUCUGAAACAAACAAUUUAAGCCUGACUUUCGUGUUAAAAAUAGAAUAGAAAAUAGUGUCAAAUCUCACUUUUCCUACUCAAGUGACUUCUGCAUUGCUUUUAUUUUUCCCUUUUCCUUCUCAUUUGUUUUCUUCUUUUGUUUUUAAUUAAGAAUAGAUUCGUUUUUUUGUACAAUAUCCUGAUUAUAGCUUCUCCUCCCUCCACUCCUCCACUACUUCUCUACUUUACCUCCCCUCUGGAGCCACUCCUUUUCUUUCAUUACAGACGAUCAGGCACCUAAGAGAUAGCAACCAAACAUGACUAAAUGAAAUAUAAUAAGUUGAAGCAAAAACUUUCAUAUUGAAGUUGUACAUGGCAGCCCAAUAGAAAGAAAAGAGUCCCAAAGCAGGCAUAAGAGUCAGAGGCCUGCUUGCUUUCACAAUCAGGGGUACCAUAAAAAUACUAAGUCAGUAUCCAUCUAUCUGUCUCUCUCUCUCUCUCUCUCUCUCUCUCUCUCUCUCUCUCUCUCUCUCUCUCUCUCUCUCUCUCUAUCAUAUACAGGACCUGGUGUAGAUCCAUGUAAGACAUGCAUAAGAUAUCUUGAGUGUAAAUUUAAACUUUAUAAGCACCAAGUUAGGACAGUACAAGGCAGAACUCUGCCCUCCAUUCCUCAAGGCUUAUUGAUUAGCAGUUUGGGGUUUAUGGCUAUUUUGAGGUGUUAUUAUUUUGUGAUAAUACAGAAUGGAUACAGUAUGAAUGAUGGCACUUGGGAGGCUGAGUCAUCAUAAAUUCAAGGUCUGUUUGGGCUAUAGAGUGAGGCCCUACUAGAUAGAUAGAUAGAUAGAUAGAUAGAUAGAUAGAUAGAUAGAUAGAUAGAUAGAUAGAUGAGGGGGUUGUGGAGGGAGAGAAAUCGGAAGCAGAGACUCCUACACUGUUAAGUAUAAAGUGCCCUGAUGCACACAUAGCCUCUCCAUGUCAUCCUGUGAUCUGGGUGAUAUUAUACCACCUGUAUAAUUUUUAAACCUUCAACGAAGCCUUGCAUCACCCAAGGCCCACACUCUGUAGGGUUCCCUCUUCUUAUCCAUAAUAGUACAUUGAGUGAGUUUAGACAAAUGUGUCCAUUAUUAUAGUAUUGUGCAGCAUACUUUUGCUACCCUAAAAAUCUUCUGUGGCCCAUCAUUUUAUCUUUUUCCAUUAUCAGUCCCAGUGAUCUGCUCCUCUUGCUGUCUAUCUGGUUUUGCCCUUUGUAAGAUGUCACAUCAUGCUGUGUGCUGUCUGUUCAGAUUCUAUUAGCUCUGUAAAACCCAUUAAUUUCUCAUGAUAAAGAAAUAGAAGAACCCAGACAGCCUGUUGGUGCAAUCUUGCCUUCCUCUGCCUGUGUCACUUUCCUUCUCAGGAACAGUGGCAAAUUCUUACAUCAUCACCGGGACUGAUUCGUUCCUGCUAUGCUUGCAUGUGGAAAACUGUCAACAUCUGAACAGUCUGCUUUCAGGAUUGUAUUUCUUUAUUUUCUUGGGAGAAUGGUAUUUAGAGGAAGUAAUAAGGCUGACAUGAAGAGUCAUAGCAUUUGCCAAAGUGUCCAGGAUGGCUUUCAGGAAUCAAAGAGAUGCUAAGGAGGCAGACUUCCAGCUUGGAUCAAAGCGCUUCUAAUGAUCAGUUUUGUUCUUUGGACUUUGCGAAAGAUGUCUCUGAAGGGAGGAGUUAUUGCUUAACAAAAUGCAUGUAGUUCUUAGCACUUGUCAGCUAGAACCAAGAGUUUAGAGUGGGGCUUACAGGUCUAUCUGAUCAAGUAAGGACUGUCCUGGGAGAUUACCCCAGAAUUGGAAUUCAGGUGCUCAGGCUGCUGAUGGUCACAGCACAUCACAGUCACCAGACAAAGCUUGUAUUUCUCAGACUAUCACCUGUGUAUUAUUUACAAAACUUAUUGUAAUAUAGAUUCUUUCCAAGUCAAAUUCUCAUGGGGAAAAACCUCUCAGUAUUCAAAAUUCAUAUAAUAGGUGUGGAGAGACAUCCUCUUCUGCAAAUUUCCUUGAAGAAACAACAAAGUGUGAGGGUGAGCUCUGAAGCAAGCUGGACAUGGCAAGUUUUUGCACUUGCAUCAUUUUGAAAGCUUCACAAGAAGGAAGAUCUUAUGCGGGCUGUGACACAGCAGCUUAGUUUUUGAUGUCCUAUGCCCAGCACGCUGUGCAGAUCUUCUUUGGCCUUGCUGUUUCAUAACACAUUUACAUAUUUGACCCCUGUUGACACAGAUCGGGUUCCAGGAGUGGCCCCAAUUCAUGCCACCUGUUUCUUCCAUCUAGCACUACUCACUCGAUCUCAGUUUCUAAUCGGGAAAGAAGCCAGUUCGGACAAGAACUCUCUUUCCCACGUCAUCAGUCCAAGAAUUCUGGAAUUCUUCACAAAUAUCUCUACUGAAAAAUAUACACAUAAAAUGGACUAGCUAUGCACUGGCUAAGACAGAAGAUUUGUACUCACUAAAUUACUUAGAAUCCUAAUAACUAACUUAGUCAGCAUGUAGACUACAAAUAGUUUUAUUUUUUUUAAUGUUAUGUAAGUGAAGAUAUAGCAAAAUUAUUGCAGACAAAAACAUCCAAUGGCUUAUGACCAUUUUGGGAUGGGUGUCCUUAUUUUUAUGGUACCCAAUAUCAAUGCCCAGAUUUAGAUUCCUUGUGCUACCAAUACCCUGACACUUUUGGUUAUCUCUGGUCUCUGCUUCCUCCCAAGGAGCAUGGUUCCUCACCAAUUUCACAAAGGGGAGGAGCAAGGGGGAAUAACAGUGAAGUGAAUGUACCUAUUGUGAAGUUUGAUUUCAGUCCAAUAGGAGCUAGAGUUGGGCUCUGGUUUACUUGUUGGGUGACUUUGAGGGUGUUAGCAAAUCUCUUUGAAUUUGUUUUGUUGUCCACAGAUGGGGAGAAGUCUCCACUCCAUAAUGUUAAGACCACAUGUGAUAAAACAUCUAGCCCAUGAUUUACAUUAGAUCUCUUUCUUUGAAACCUUCUCUUUAGAAAAGUGAAAGAUUGCCUCCUUCCUUUAGAUGUGCCUAGCUUAGUCAUACAUUCACUUCCUUGUCCACAGUACUGAGAAGAGGGUAGGUGGUGUUGGUUUUAUGUCUCUAGGUUUCCGGAUCUCUAACCCUUGCCUGCGGCUCCAUCCUUUCCGAGUGUAUAUAUGUGCACAUUAGCUAGCUCCUUCUGAAGGAAGCCCCAUUGUGCUGGAACAAAGCUCCUGUCCUACCUAUUGCUCAUAGAAUGUUUCCAGCUGACUUGCUGAGUGUUUUCCACAUUGCCCCAGAUCCUGUACAUGUCAGACUCACACCCUCCACCUAUCAGAACUAUAUUCCUGCUGCUUUGUGUAAGAGGUGGGCUUAUUGGCAGACUCUAGCUCAUACUUCUUGUACUUACUCACUUUCUUCUAGGCUCUCCUUGAUUGCUUUGCUGUGCGCGAGCACACCCAGCCAUAUCUCUUUGAAUGUCAUGACUACAGGUUUAUCUUUCACAGCAGCCUAUGAUAUAGUGACACUUAUAGAAAAAAAUUUCGUGUGUGGAAGAGAAAAGUUGUCCUAACUGCCUUUCUUCUCUCCAAAUUCUUAGUGGGUUUUUUUAAAUCCUUUCCUUGACAUCUAUUGUGGAUACUCCACUCACCAUCACCCCAGCAGAUGAGUCUGAGAGAGUCUCCACUGCAGAAUUUCCUGUACCCACAGCCAUCCCCACCGGCCUCAAGCUGCAGGCAAUUGCCCUGUAGUGAGUGUCAGACAUAGGGUGGAGGAAAGCACGUGAGGGAAGGAGACUCUCGCCCUUCUUCUUGGAACACAUGAGCAUCCUGAACAGGACCUCCUUAAAGGCCAUAAUUGCUGAUUUCAUUACAGUUCCUGCUCCCUUCUCUGCCCUUCCCCUGUAACUCUGUAUUCCCCAGGGGCUGAGCUGCAGGAAGCGCACCAAAGAGACCACAGACCACUCAGUGGGUCCGAUCAGAGCCUUUGUCUAUCUGCUGCUCCUGUCUCAGGCCCCCACAGCCUCUUUCUCUCUCUUUUAGUUCAGUGCCUUUAGCUCCCUCAUUUCUGUUUUGUGCAGACCUUUGAUCCACCCACACCGGCAGCACCUUCUCUAGUUUGAGAUUUGCCCUCCUCCGACAAGGAGGGAGGGAAGAGGACGGAAGGAGCUGGCUGGUUGGAAAGCUCAGCUGCCUUCUCUAGGGGCAAUCGUGUGACCAUGUCCCCACCCCUUACGCGAGACUACCCAAUGCCCCCUCCCCUGCUUUGUUCUCUCUCACACAUGGGCCAGUGAUGUACUGUCUCCAUCAGUUCCUUUCAUGCAUCACUUGUGCCUUGAGUGCUUUCUCUGUUGAUUUCUUUCUCCAUUGGCCUGCGGACCAGAGCACUGAGCGAAUACUCAAUUUGAUGAACAGCGAUGAUUUUAGACCCUGCUAACCCAGAUAAAGUAAAAGAGAGGAGCCUCCGGGAUCUGGGGCAGAAUUACUCUAAGCAACGAAUUUAUUUGCAUUUUUCCCUUCUCUGUCCACUCAUGAGGAAAGUGCUCUUCUGCAGGCAGUCACCUAGGACCUCCUCAUCAGAUCACAUCAGAUCAUGGCUAAAGCCAUGAAGGUCAGGCCCAAGGCUAGGGGUGGAUCCAUAUGUGAGCGGCUAGUGCUUAGAGUGUUUAUUAUACAUACACUUAAAUAAAAUAGAAAGGGCCUUCUUGUGUGAAUACAAUAAUUAGCAGGAUUGGGGAGGGUUUUAUGUCAGAGCCACCCCGGGAAGUGCUAUUUAGUAGUUCUCCCGUGAUUGUAGUCACCCAGAGCCUCCUCUAUCUAGCGCUCUUCCCGGGUGCAGAAACCCCUUCUUCCGAAAUCGCUGGCCCUGACACGCUGGACUUUAACCUCUUC